AGCAGGUAGAAGGACACUUUUUCCCAAUGUACGAUACAAAGUGUAUGCAUUACUGACCAACAGCCAUUCUUGCAAUGAUAUUUUAGUAUGCAACAUUGAAGGUCUGAUGUAUGGCAGCAAGAAGUGUGAAGUAAAAAUGACUGUAAAGAGCUAAACACAAGUCACAAACAGUAAACCCAAGAAACAGUUGUUAAUUUGCCAUGUAGAAAUGUAAAAAAAAAAAUCUCUUCACAGAGUACCUAUCAAUAAAAAGCAACAGUGUAGUAACUUUACUACAGGAUAUAUUUUGACAUAAAAAAGUCAGACAGGUCUUGGAAUCUUUUUCCAGGUGAGAGAUCUGCUUAACCCUUGGCUGACUUAUUCGCUCGCUGUCCGAGGCAGUAGAACCAGUGGGUUCUAUGUGGAGAACCUGUCUGAGUUUGAGUUCAGCAACCUGGAGGGAUUCAUGAGCCUCUUUGAGAGAGGAAUGCAGAGCAGACAGACAUCGUCUCAACCCCAGAAUGAGCAUUCCAGCCGCAGUCAUUCUAUUCUAACACUGUCCAUCAAACACUCACCGACUGGUGCACAGCCCGCAGUGGUUACUCAGGGAAAGCUGUGUAUCGUGGAUCUUGCAGGAAGUGAGAGGGUGAAAGAUGGAGACUGCACAGAGAGGUUGCAGGAGGAGACAGGAAACAUCAACCGUAGCCUUCUCACCUUGGGCCAGUGCAUCACAGCGCUGGUAGACCCUAAAAAGAGGAAUGGCCACAUCCCAUACAGGGACAGCAAGCUGACAAUGCUCUUGUCUGAUUCACUUGGUGGAGGGGGCAUCACUCUUAUGAUUGCAUGUGUGUCUCCAAGGGCUGCCAAUCUUCAGGAAACCAUGAACACAUUGCGGUACUCCAGCAAAGCUAAGAGGAUUAAAAACAAGCCAGUGGCCAAAAGUGAUCUUUGUGAACAAGUCCUUGCUACACUUCAAAGAGAGAUUCGUACUUUGACGGAAGAGAAUAUGAUACUACGGCAACAUCUCCCAAAAUUCCAAGAGGACUUAGAAUCUGGAGUUUGCGUCCACAGCACAGGAGGUGGCAGCACUGAGCCCAUAGGGCAUGAUGUGUGGUCUGCCUACACUGGCUCUGGGGCCAGUCUGAGGAGCCUCCUGCAGGACCUCAUGUGGGAGAUCGAUAAACUGCACGGAGAAAAGACAGUGCUUCUGGACAAACAGGAGUCCUCCGACCAGCAGAGGGAGCGCUUGUCACAGGAGAACACCAGGCUUCUUCGCAAACUCAGGGAUCUUGAGAGGCAAAAAGCUAUUGAGAGUCAUUGUCAUUGUAUUGUCAUGGCAUGUAUUGUUAAAGAGCAUGAUAUGUCAGAUGUGUAAAGAUUUUAUCAUUAGUUUGUUUGUAUGUAUAUAUGGAUGUGUGGUGUGUGUGUGUGUGUUUGAGAGAGAGACAGAUAGAGAGAGAGGGAGAGAGAGAGAGAGUAAGGAAAGGAAGCAAGACAGAGUACAGUAACUUUAUGA